AUGUCCCCCAUCCCUCCUCCCCUCACGAGCGCCAACAAGUCGGCCUCGUCCGUCCGCUCCGAGUCGUCCGGCGAGCUCGACUUUACCAAGCCCGCCAACAAGGCUGCGCUCCAGCACCUGAGCCAGUCGCGCCUCGAGGUCGACGAGUCGGUCAUUCGCGCAGAGGGCGAGGACCGCACCACGGCCUUUGUCUGGUGGCUCGUCGUCGCAGCCGCCACCGGUGGUCUUCUCUUCGGCUACGACACUGGUGUCAUCGGCGGCGCCCUCGUCCACAAGGACGUCCCGGCCGACCUCCACCGUGUCCCGCUCAGCAGCUCGAACAAGGAGAUCCUCACGUCGGCCACGACGCUCGGCGCGCUCCUCGCCGGCUUCUCGGCGGGCGUCCUCGCCGACCGCAUUGGCCGCAAGGCCGUCAUCGCCCUCGCCGACGCCAUCUUCAUCGUCGGAGCCAUCAUGCAGGCCGUCGCCUACGGCCCCAACGCGUACUGGAUCGUCGCAGUCGGCCGCCUCAUUCUCGGAUUCGGCGUCGGCUUUGCGUCGCUCAUCGUCCCGCUCUACAUCGGCGAGCUCGCGCCGACUGCGCUCCGAGGACGCCUCGUGACGCUCAACGUCGUGGCCAUCACGUUCGGCCAAGUCGUCGCCUACUGCCUCAACUUGGCGUUCCAGAACGUGUCGCACGGCUGGCGCUGGAUGGUCGGCCUCGGCGCUGUCCCUCCUGCCCUGCAACUCGUCAUGCUCCUGUACCUCCCCGAGUCGCCGCGGUACCUCCUCCGCCAGGACAAGCUCGAGGCGACCGUCAACAUCCUGCGCAAGAUCUACCCGUACGCGAGCGAGGCGCAGCUUCACCUCAAGGCCGACGUCAUCAGCAAGAGCGUCAAGGACACGAUGGGCCACACGGCGACGCUCCUCCAGACGUGGAAGCGGCUGCACCUCAACGCGCCCAAUUUCCGCGCGCUCGUCGUCGCGUGCGGCCUGCAGGGCAUCCAGCAGCUGUGCGGGUUCAACACGCUCAUGUACUACGCGCCGACCCUGUUCGAGAACGUCGGGUUCGACAACUCGCUCGUGAUCGGCCUCGUCAUCUCCAUCGUCAACCUGGCCUUUACCCUCGUCGCGCUCGUCAUCAUCGACAAGGCCGGCCGUCGCCGCAUCGCGUGCCUCACCGUCCCGGGCAUGUGCGGCGCCCUCGUCCUCGCCGCCAUCGCGUUCCACUUCCUCACGAUCAACACGGGCGGCCAGCUGCCGGACGACGGCGUCGGGCUCAGCAAGAAGUGGAACCCGGUCGUCCUGUUCUCGAUGCUCCUGUACGUCGCCUUCUACGCGACCGGUAUCGGCAACAUCCCGUGGCAGCAGGGCGAGCUGUUCGAGAUGAGCGUUCGCGGCAUGGGCACGGCCCUCGCCACGACCUGCAACUGGGGCGGCAACCUCAUCAUCGGCUCGACGUUCCUGUCGCUCAUCGACGCCAUCUCGCCCGCCGGCGCGUUUGGCUUCUACGCCGGCCUGUGCUUCCUCGGCUCGGUCUUUGUCUUCUUCCUGUACCCCGAGACGUCGGGCCUGUCGCUCGAGGAGACGCGCGAGGUCUUCAAGGACGGGUACGGCAUCAAGAAGGCCGCGCGCAUGCGCGCCCAGAAGUCGCAGAUCCUCGCUCAGGUCCGCGCCGAGGCCAACGGCCUCGACGCCUAG